GACCAGGGGCGUGCUGCGGCCGCCCGGGCGGACCCGGCGACAGGCGGCGGCGGGAGCGGCGGUGAUGGACGGGUCCGGGGAGCAACCCAGAGGCGGGGGGCCCACCAGCUCUGAGCAGAUCAUGAAGACAGGGGCCCUUUUGCUUCAGGGUUUCAUCCAAGAUCGAGCAGGGCGAAUGGGGGGAGAGACACCUGAGCUGGCCCUGGAGCAGGUGCCCCAGGAUGCAUCCACCAAGAAGCUGAGCGAGUGUCUCAAGCGCAUUGGAGAUGAACUGGACAGUAACAUGGAGUUACAGAGGAUGAUCGCAGCCGUGGACACAGACUCCCCCCGUGAGGUCUUUUUCCGAGUGGCAGCUGACAUGUUUUCCGAUGGCAACUUCAACUGGGGCCGGGUUGUUGCCCUCUUCUACUUUGCCAGCAAACUGGUGCUCAAGGCCCUGUGUACCAAGGUGCCCGAGCUGAUCAGGACCAUUAUGGGCUGGACACUGGACUUCCUUCGAGAGCGGCUGCUGGGCUGGAUCCAGGACCAGGGUGGUUGGGACGGCCUGCUCUCCUACUUUGGGACACCCACAUGGCAGACAGUGACCAUCUUCGUGGCUGGAGUGCUCACUGCAUCACUCACCAUCUGGAAAAAGAUGGGCUGAGGCCACCAGCUGCCUUGGACUGUGUCUUUUCUGCAUAAAUUAUGGCAUUUUUCCGGGAGGGGUGGGGAUUGGGGGUCAUGGGCAUUUUUCUUACUUUUGUAAUUAUUGGGGCGGGGGGGAACGGGGAGGAGUGGUCCAGGGGGGCAAUAAACCUCUUUCAGGCCACA